AUGAGAAGUUCGACAUUAGUCAUAUGUAUAUUAGUGUUGGGGAGUGGUAUUAAUCAAACAUAAAAUUUUAGCCCUUUCUGCUGAAUUAGAUUUGAGCACAUCCUUAUUAUCAAUGGACUUAUCGGAUAUAGCACUGUUGGAUACAACAUCUAUGAGUUGUGCAACACCAUAGAAUGAGUUUGAGAGAGUUUCUGCUUAAAUGGCAGCAUGGGCUGAUAUAGUAUAACAUAAAGAUUCAUUACACAGAGAUAUAGAUAGAUUAGAAAGCAUUAAGCAAUUAAUACAAAAAAGAAAGUUUAAAGCUAUUGAGAAAUAAAUAGAUAAACUCGAAUUACCAAAAACAGAAAGCAAGAUUGGAGAACCAAUUUUGGCAGAAUUCAAAUAAAAAUUAAAAGGAUUAAGUAAUCCUCAAACUGCAGAUGAAUGUGAAGCAACUAUGUUGAAAUUAUGCAUUUAUCUUCUAAAAUAGUUUAAUAGUUGUAGACAAUAAUGCUAAUCAAAUCCAGUCACUGUCAUUAAAAUUAAAGGAAAAAUUAAGGAUUUAUAAGUUGUUUAACAAGGAUGUGGUUAACCAGCACCAUGUGAAGAUGAGCCUGGAGUCCCAGAUGAACCUACUCCAGAAGAAAAAACACCCUCUUCUGAACCUGAAGAGAAUCCCCUUCCACCUACUGAAGAAGAACAUCCACCUGUUUCACCUCCAUCUGAGGAAGAUAAACCUUAAAUUCCUGAUGAAAAAGGUCCUGAAGAAGAAUCUGUUCCUCCUGAAGAAUAAUAAAUUCCACCUUCCCCACCUACACCAGAUGAAGAGUAACCUGAAAUUCCAGAUGAAAAAGGUCCAGAAGAAAAGUCGAUUCCUGAUGAAGAAGAAUAAGAAGUCCCAUCACCACCACCUGGAGAAGAAGAAGAAGAGAAACCUGAAAUUCCAGAUGAAAAGGGUCCAGAGGAGAAAUCAAUUCCAGCUGAAGAAGAAUAAGAAGUUCCAACACCACCUGGAGAAGAAGAAGAAGAGAAACCUGAAAUUCCUAAUGAAGAAAGUCCUGAAGAAUUAAGUCAACCUACUGAAGAAUUAAAUCCAGAAGAGGAAGGAAGUCCAGAAAUUCCUGAUGAACCUCCUGUUAAUCCUAAUCGUGAAGAAUCAGCAGAAGAAUAAGAAGAAUACUAUGAAGAAGUUGAAGAAGAGUUUGAAGAAUUUGAAGAACCACCUAUUAUAUUACCUCCUAUUGAGCCACCUGUUGAGAUUGUUGAAAAAAGAUGUUUAAAUUCAGUGAAUGAGAAUGUUUAUACAUCUUCUGUUAAUGAAGAAAUUCCAUUGAUUAAUAAAUAAUUAGAAGGAGAUGACUUAAGUUGUUAUGGAUUUGGAUUUUAUACUAGAUGGUUAUAAGCAUAUCCAACUUAUUUGAUUAAUGGAAGAUAAGAUGAGAAGUAUUUUAUUGCUAGAAUUUCUGAAUCUGAGAAAUUAAGUGGAUCAGUUACAGAUGAUUCAUUGAGUGUAUUUUUAACAAGAUCAGGAUUUGAAUUUUAAUCAUAUGAUAAUGAAGGGACAACUUCAACUGUUAUUAAUGUAGGUGAUAUUGAAGGUUAAUGGAUUUAUAUUUAUUAUUCAUAUUGCAAUGGUAAAGCAGUUGCAGUUGUUAAUGAAAAUGGAUAAACAUCUGUUAAUGAGAUAAAUGUAAAUCAUAAAACACCAUAAUAAUUAUAUUUCACAUUAGCUGGUAUGUCAGGUGAUGUUAAAUCAUUUUAAGGUUAAUUUAGAUUAGUUUAAUCUAAUGUUGGAUCAAAUGUAUUUAUUGAAACACCAGCAGAAGCUAAUUAAUUUGUUUUUGAAUGUAAUUAAUUACCAGAAGAAAAAUGUGAAAGAUAAAUCUCAAAUCUUCAUGAAUUCGAAUUCAAUAGUCAAACUACUUAAUUCGAUUCAAAAUAAGUUGUUGAAAAUAGUGAACCAAUCUUUGCCUAAGAAUAUUCUAUUUCUGGUUGGUUCAAAUGGCAUACAAUUUAAGAACAAACUACUAAUUCAUGGUUCUCUGCAUUCAGAUUGACUAUGAAUAACCCAGCUGUCAAUAAAAAUGCAAAACUCUUAGGAGAUAGAGAUCUAGCCUUAUUUGUUGGCAAUGAGAAAAAAGAUUCUGUAUUGGCAUUUACAACUUAUACAUAUGAAGAUUUAUAUGGAAAUGGAAAUCCUACUUAUUGGUAGGCAGUACCAUAUGAAAAAGAUUUAGUUCAUUGGCACUUUAUUUAUUUUGGAUUCAAUAGACACAUAUCCAAAGCUUAUGGUUAUGUUGAAUUCCUUACUAGAAAGGGUGAAGUCCAUUUCGAAAAUGUUAAACAUUUUAUUUCUCCACACAAAUACUUAUAUGUUGGACAAGAUUAAUAUUAUCCAUCAUACAAUGGUAAAAUCUUUAAUCUACACUUUAAUCUUUGUGAUGGUUCAUACAGAGAAUUGAAAUAUGAUGAACAUUGGGGAUAUACUCCUAAACCAACUGAUCCAGUACCACCCCCACCUCCUCAAGUUCCAGAAGAACCCUCUGAAGAAGAAUAUACUGAACCACCUCUACCUGCAAUUCCAUCUGAACCAUCUGAAGAGGAUGUACCUAUUGAACCUGAAGAAGAGACUCCUGUUAUUCCAUCUGAACCACCUAAAAGUGAGGAAGAAACACCAGUAGAACCUUCAGUAUCUGAAGAGGAAACACCUGAAGUAAUUGAUGAACCAUUACCUGAACCUGAUGAGGAAUCUGUGCCAGAAAGUGAAGAAGAAACAGAAUAUUAUGAAGAAGAAUUAUAUGAAGAGGAAUCAGUUGAACCAGAAUCAUAACCUGAAGAAGAACAUUCAGAACCAGUUUCAGAAGAAGAAUCUUAACCAGCUUCAGAAGAAGAAGAAGUUACAGAACCUCCUGGUCCAUUACCAUAACCUAAGUAUAUUAUAUUUAAAUAUAUUAUUAGAUGUCCACCAACAAUUGAAGUAAAUAAAGACAAUGCAGCAGAUAUAUUAUGUGAACUCUCACAUUAUUUAGGUGAAUUUGCUUAAGGUCAUACACCAGUGGCUGGACCUAGUACUAAGACUGUUUGUUUCUGUAUGACUUAUAAUGAAGGUAAUAUAACAAUGUAUAUUUUAUAGAUUAUGCUCCUCCCACUUUAUUGCAAUUAGCUACAAAGGUAUCUGGACGUUUGUAAUUAAAUGAACCAAAAGUAGCUGUACCAUUAUUAAAACAAUUUAUUAAGCAAAGAUUAUGA